CACAUUUUGCUUACCCCAGAAUCGAUCUCUAGCCUCCAGAGACCGGGGUCUGGAACUCUGCUCCUCCUGUCGGAUAUAAAUAUGUAGUACACCUCAGGUCGAGUACUAGGCAGGCAAAGAAUACAUACCCGAGACCCAUUUCAAACAAUGUCCGAAUACAAGAGCGACAAUGCUGUCGAAAGUCAGGAGAGCGAGUUUGUGAGGGAUGAAAACUCCAGUCUGGACGGCUCGAGUGAACCGAUCAACAAGGCAGAGGUCGACUGCAUUGUGCGAAAAUUUGACCUUCGACUGUUAACCCUGUUCACUGUCAUCAAUUUGUUCAGCUUCAUUGAUCGAGUGAAUAUCGGCAAUGCUCGCCUUCUAGGGCUAGAAGAGGAUCUAGAUCUGUCUGGUCUCCGCUUCAACAUCGCGCUGAUGUGCCUACUUGUCUCAUACUGUGUGGUGGAACUACCAUCCAAUAUCCUCUGCAAAAUUAUAGGCCCUCACAUUUAUGUGCCAGGUUUGGUUGUUUGCUUUGGAAUUAUCACCAUGCUCACUUCGCUUGUGGCCACCAAAGAGGCAUUGUAUGCGUGUCGAUUUCUCCUAGGAAUGUUCGAAGGAGGUAUUUCACCGGGGCUCGUGUUUCUUCUGUCACUAUUCUACCGCCGCCAUGAGCUUGGUUUAAGGACCAGUAUCUAUAUCUCGGCCUCUUCAGCAAGCGGGGCAUUUGGAGGCCUUCUGGCAAUUGGUCUAGCAAAGAUACCCCAAUGGGGACUCAUUUAUACAUGGAAAAAUAUUUUUUUCUUCGAGGGUCUGGUGUCAAUAGCGCUCGGCAUUAUAGCCUUUCUCUGUAUCCCAAGUGGUCCAGGCACUGCAAAGUUCCUAACUGAAUCACAAAGGAAGGUAGCUGUGGACAGACUCCAGAUCGAUGCUGCUGGAACAAGUGAGCAUUCACGCACCAGGCUUCGACAUGUCAUCCAAGGGUUGACCACGCUGCCUAUUGUGGCCUGCGCAAUCGGCUUCUUUUUUGGAAAUACAUGCGCCCAAUCCUUCUCUCUCUUCUCACCAUCUAUUAUUAGAGCGAUGGGAUACACUGACGAGCUUGCCCAGUUGCUUUCAGUGGGGCCAUAUGUCAUCGCAUGCAUUGUGUCUAUCGUUGUUGGAUACAUCUCUGACAAAUUUCAAACCCGCGGCUGGCUGAUCUUUGCCACGGUUCCAAUUGGAAUCACUGGCUUGGGCAUGCUAGAGUUCCUACCUGCUUCCAUGCCCGGUGCUAAAUACGCAGCACUUUACCUCGCAGCCCCUGGGAUAUAUGCUUUCCUUCCACUCUGGAUUGCCUGGGGGGUUAACAAUGCUGCUACCCCUACAGUCAAGGCUGCGGCUGCGGGUCUUGUAUUCACCGUUGGGUCUUUGGGAGGCAUCCUCGCCCCGUGGGUUUACCUGCCACAGGAUGCCCCGAAUUAUCGCCAGGGCCACGCCAUUCUGUUCGCCUUUCUCUUCGGUUCCUGGGCAGUAAGUUUUCUCCUGAUUACGUAUAUCAAAAGGGAGAAUCGCCAGCGCGAACUAGGACAGCGUGAUCACAUUUUAGAAGGAAUGACAGCUGAGGAACAAGUGGAGUUGAGCAGCCAGCACCCUGCAUUCAGAUAUGUUCUAUAGUCUGCAAUCGAGCACUUCUUUCAGCCACA